AUAGGCAACCAGUAGCGUAUUGUACAAAUAUGCUAUUAGGGGUGGAAUGGCCAGGAAACAAAAACAAUAAUUAAUAUCGAAAAAGCAGUUUUCUUCAGUAUAAAUUCUACGCUAUAUGAUUAAAUUUCCUUCACAAUUGUUUAAAAUUACCAAUAAUGGCUGAGGAAGUGCUAUUUGACUUGCUGCAUUUAGAAUUGGUGUCUCUUUUUACGUCGUUUAGUGAUGAUAGCAAAGAAUUUGAUGCUUCAAAACUCGAAGCUAUCGGGUAUUGCACUGGUUAUCGUUUAGUGGAAAGGUUAACAAAAGAUUGGGCCCGAUUUAAAGAUGAAUUAGACAUCAUGAAAUUCAUUUGUAAAGAUUUUUGGUCUAAUGUCUUUAAGAAAGAAAUUAAUAAUCUUCGCACUAAUAAUCAAGGUGUGUAUGUUCUUCAAGAUAAUUCCUUCAGAUUUCUUUCCAGAGUUACGCAUAGUGAUCAGUUUUUGAGUGCAACUCCAAAGUAUUUAGCUUUCACCUGUGGACUUGUACGUGGAGCUUUAAUGAAUUUGGGCAUAGUAUCUGUUGUAACAGCUGAUGUAUCCACACCACCUAACUGUAAGUUUCAAGUAAUAGCUCAUCGAAUGUAAUUACUUACUUUUCGUUGUAGUAAUUAGUAUAAUUCAAUGUAUAUAUUAUUAAAAAUAUUUAAAAACA